AUGGAGCAGCAGUCGAAUAAAGCAGCGGCUGCGAGGGCACAUGAGACGGGACAGACAGACUCCAUCAAGCCUCCAUUUGAAGUGCGUCCGAAUUCCAGUUCCCUUCUUCAUCCGCUACGCGAUAUAGAUGAAAGCCUACAGUUGCAACCGAAUCCUCCUCCAGCACAACAACUAAGGUAUGUGGUGGUUCCACCCGAGGAGCUGAAUGUCAUCGAUAUAUCACCUGGCUGGCCUCCUCUUUGUCAUCUUUUCUCCAACACUAAGGCUACAUGA